CAAGCUGUUCACUUCCACAUGUCUGGCUGCUGCUUUUGCCCUUCUGCCUGAAGAUCGACAUGUGUAAUCCUCUCAAUUCUCCACAAACGCUCGGAGCUUGGACACCUAAGAAAGAUUCAAGUUUUUCCUCUUUAUGGCGCAGAUGCUACAAUAUCAUACAGACUGUUGACCUGUUCUUCGUGGUGCAAUCCAGCAUACAAGCCUGUAUUGGUAUUCUGCUGUCGUGUGCUGAUUUUGGCACAGUUAACGACGAAUUCUGAGCUAACUUGCAAAAUAUCGCUCUCAGGAUGCUGUCAAACUACUUGCUCUCUAUUUUUUACUUUUGGACCUAUGUAAUCUUAUUGUAGAUGACCCGAAUUUUUUUUUUCUACUUCGCACCACUACUGAUCUUUUGACCUUGCAAUAUAUACAGCUCCUAUUGUCUGCACUGCCAUGGACAGACAGCCAGGCAGCAACAUUAGGAGGAAGAAGCACCAUGGUGCUUGGAGGCUUUGUGGAUUGGAGGGGGAGAGCCAUCAAUGGAGAGGUGCAUGGCGGAGUCAAAGCAACAUGGUUUCUGCACGUCCUGAAUGUGGUAACCAACGUGGUUAUUGUCCCAAACCUGCUGAAUCUGGUCACUUACCUCCACGGAACGAUGCAUAUGGGGAUCUCGGGCUCCACAACUACAGCCACUAAUUUUAUUGGUGCCACUUCUGGGUUUGCACUGAUAGCAGCGUUCCUCUCGGACUCCUACAUUACUCGUGCUAGAACUAUGCUCCUCUUUGCUCCGUUUAUGUUUCUGGGAUACGGAUUGCUCGCGUUGCAAGCCUACUCUCCCUCACUCCAUCCACCACCUUGCGACAGUAAGGCAGAGCUGAACAACUGCGAAGAGGUCCAUGGCUGGAAUGCUACCUUGCUGUACGCAGCCUUGUACAUGUGUGCAUUUGGUGAUGGUACUAUGCGUGUUUGCUUGCCAUCCCUCGGGGCGGACCAGUUUGACCAUGAAGAUCCCUCCGAGUCCCAGCGGCAGUCCAGCUUCUUCAACUGGUAUUCCUUUGGAAUCUCACUCGGAGGUUUUAUAGGGCUGAUUCUCAUAGUGUGGCUCGAGAACUACAAAGGGUGGGAUAUUGGUUUUGGGGUGUGUGCCAUCCUGAUUCUACUCGGAUUGCUCGUAGUUGCUGCUGGUCUCCCUUUCUAUCGCAACCAAGUGCCGGAAGGAAGCCCUCUAACUAGAGUUCUGCAGGUUCUUGUGGUUGCAUUCAGGAACAGGAAGCUUGAACUUCCCAAGGAAAGCAGUCGUGGGACAUGGACAGGUUCUGUUGGCGCACUCUCUGAAACAAAUAAUCUGAAAUUCCUCGACAAAGCUUGCAUCACCAACCGUGGCAACAACGGAGCCUGGUCAGUCUGCAGCGCGACGAAGGUCGAAGAGACGAAGUCCGUGCUCGGCGUACUCCCUCUCUUCCUCAGCUCCAUCAUCGGGUACAUGCCGGACAUCAUCGUCUUCACGUUCACCGUGCAGCAGGGCGCCAUGACGGACACGAGGCUGGGCAGUAUCAACGUGUCCCCCGCGACGCUCUUCAUCAUUCCCACCGCGUUCCAGAUGGCGAUGCUCGCCGUCUACGACCGGUUCCUCGUGCCGUUCCUGCGCCGGCGCACGGGCCUCGCCGGGGGCGUCACCCACCUGCAGCGCGUCGGAGUGGGCUUCGUCUCUGUGACACUCUCCUCGGUCAUCGCGGCGAUCGUCGAGAGGAAGAGGAAGGAUGACUUGGAGAAGAAGAUGUCCCUGUUCUGGCUCGCGCCGCAGUUCCUGCUGCUCGGCGUGUCGGACGUGACGUCCUUCACGGGGCUCCUCGAGUUCUUCAACAGCGAGGCGCCGCGGGGCAUGAAGUCCAUCGCCACCGCGCUGUUCUGGUGCGACCUCGGGCUCGCGUCGCUCAUGGCCACGCUCCUGGUGGAAGUGGUGAACGUGGUUACAAGGCGUGGGCAGCAGGGAGGCUGGCUCGAGGGCGCGAGCUUGGACGACGGCCGGCUUGAUCUGUUCUACUGGGUUGUUGCUGCUGUCGGAACGCUUGGGUUCGUCAACUACGUGUACUGGGCCAAGAAGUACAGCUACCAGCACAAUCCACGGAGCGUCGAGCAAUCGGUCUACCAUGAUUCAUCUUGAAAUCGCAUCCUCCAUGCUUCAGACAUUUUACUUCAGAAAAGAUGGAGGUGUCUGGCUAACCAAGUCAGCACACCUUGGACCGCAACGCUAUCUACUAAGCAUGCAUGCCUUGGACAGCAAUGCAUCUCUGGCUCGCAUUAGUGUUCGUAGUCAUUGCUAGGUGCUCUAAGGAACUAUGUGUAGUAUAUAAUAGUAUUUACUAUUGUGGAUGAUUAUUAAAGGCUCUUUUGAUUCAUAGUAUUUGUAUCGUAAUUGUGUAGAAUUUGGAUACUAUGAAAACAAUUA